AUGGCACCCCCUGCCACGUCCCCCGUGCCUGGAGUUGCAAGGGGACAGACCACACCGAGGCCCUCUUCCCCGGAACAACACGCUUCCGUGACGUUCAACCAAGCAGGCACCCCCUCGCGAGCGCCCCCUACUUACGGCCACGCCAACGGCGAGAACGUGGCGCCAGAAGGGCCCCGACCGGCGGUGUAUCAUCAGCCGACCUUUCCGGCGACCAGAAUACCCUCGGAGGUCCCUCCUACCAUGGCGCCUGCGUUCCACGCUGGUCAUUCUGGCGCUUACGCCUCCACCGGCCAACCAAACCUGGAGUCUUCAGGAGGAAGCCCCCACGCAGCCGCCUCUGCGCCACCACCGGCGCCAGCCCAACCUUUUGCCACGUCAGCACCGAUGGGCCCAGGCUACCACGCGUACCAGAACCACGGUGUACCACCUGUUGGCCCCAAGUACCAACCGCCGGUUCAGCAGCACCCAUAUGGCGUUCCGUUGAACCCGGGCGCUCCGUUCAACCCAACCGCGGUGCCACCCGGCCAGUACGGACGCGCUGGCGGACCCCCUGUGGCUCCCCCAGGCGCGCCCUCGGCGUCAUCCUCGCCGUUUUACACCAACCCCGGCUACGUGACGUCUCAGACCCCCUACCAGCCGCCACCACCGGCGGGCGCCCAUUACCCGAUGGCCGGUCCUUAUGGCGCACAACAGCACCCCCCAACGGACAGCCGGAACGGUGCAUACAUCUACGCCCCCACCGGAAUCUACAGCCACGGACCCGGCGCUCCGUACAGCGGCCCCCCAGGGCUGCAGGCGAUGUACGGACCCCCGAUUCCCAGCUAUGGGCCAGCGCCGCCCUCGGAGAAUCCCCAAGCACCCCACAAAAUCUUCCAGGCACAGAAGAUUGGGAGGCCCUUCAAAGGGACCAUCGAAGAAGAAGGCCGGCGCGCGCGAGAUUUUAUCUCGCCGGAGUCUUGGUACUUCACCGAGGACACCAAGUACUACCAGCUGACCGGCGCGAACUUGGUGGACGACUGGGAGGGCUUCAAACGACUUUUCCUACAGCGUUACGCGAAGGUCAACUCGUCGCAGAGCUACUUCGAGCUUCAAAGUAUGAAGAUGGGCGAGAAGGAGGGCCUGCUCAACUUCGCGCAACGACUUCGCGACCGCAUUUUUGAAGCCAACAUCAACGAUGAGAACGUGAAGAUUACGAUCUUCAUCAACGCACUUGGCGAGCCGCUAAAGUCGCAGGUCAACACCCGGAUGCCAGCCACUCUGGAGCAAGCGAUUGUGGACGCAGAGUUCCUCAAUUACCGCGUCAAAUCACAAGACCUGGCGGCCGAGGCGACUUCCCACGAGGCGAAAAACCGUAAACCGAAGGAAACGGUGGAGGAGAAGUCGAAGCGCGCCCCGCGGGCGAUGGUGCGCUCCGUAGAAGACCCGCCACCGUUGGAGCCAAACUCCCCAGCCGCGGAGCCCGACAACAACCGCCACGUCAGCACCGAGCGCCAGCAGCCAGACCGCGGCUACAACCGCGACAACCGGGGCGGCGACAAUCGGUUCAACAACAACAGGGCGGGUCAAAACGGCGGCCGCCCCGCGUGGAACGGCCAGCGCCGCGACGAAGGGAAGCCGCGCCUCUGCUACGGCUGCGGGAAGCCCGGUCACCUACGACGAGAGUGCCCACACCCCUCCGAUCAGAAGGGCGCCAACCUCAUCGAAGGAGAGUGCCCCUGCCGCACGUGCCACGAAGAGGACGACGACUACGCUCAUGAUUACGAUCCGUACGACGACUUGUCCGACUCAGCCCCACCGGAUUUUGAGUCGCCAGCUUCUGUCAACACUGUCUCCGCCACCUGUGACGGCGCCGACAGCUUGGAGCUGGCUGCUGACGAGACUGUCCAGGACGCACACCUAGCCGAAGUGUACGCUGCUGAGGAGGUCGCUGACGGAGUCCGGCGCUUCCUCCCGGCGCAGCGCCAACCUUUUCCCGUCAACUUGGGGCCAGUGAUUCCGCCGGCGCCCCACGGAAGCAACCCGCUUGCAGUAAACGCGAAAGCCACGCCCCCACCUCGACGACCGGCGAAACCCCCACCGAAGGCGCCAGUUCCCCCGAUGGGCGAACCAACCGGAGACGCUGGCGGGCAGGCCUCUUCACAAGCCUACGUGGCAAACCGGCCAACCAUUCAGGGAAGCUUUCCCUUAGACUGGGUGCCCAUGGCGGUGGCGGUGCGGCACGGCAGCCCCCAGCUCGUUCGCGACCUGCAAACGACCGUUCGAAAAGCGCUACAAACGUUGGAGCGCCCCGCCGGACCACGCCCCCCAACGCUGCCCCCGUUGCGCGCCGUGGAGACCGUCAACACAAUCAUCACGACGUCAGCAGAGUACUUGGAGGUCGACCCCGACGCCCCCCGGCGCUCUAUUGCGAAAGUGGCCGCUAAAAUGGGUGGAGUUGACGGUCAUCGGACCAUCGCUUGGCUUGACAGCGGCGCUAAUGUUGACAUGAUGAGCGCCGACCACUUCCGAAGGUCGGGACUAGAGGCGCAACUCAUCAGCGGCGGCGCGCGCUUUAACGUGGCCGACGGCGCGGACUGCACCGGCAUCGGACGAGUGGACGCGAUCGUCGGAUUCGGACGCUACCUCAACGUCCGCACGCGCUUCAUUGUGGCGGAAGGCUUCCGCUACCCGAUUUUACUCGGCGUCGGCACACUACGCGCCAUGUUCGGCGUCAUCGACUACUCAACGGACCUUUUCAGGUUCAAGCUUCCCCAGACGAAGGCUUGGCGUUCGCUCCCGCUACUUGAAGUCAGCCAGAUCCAAGGCGCGCCCACCGGACUCAUCUACCAGGCGCAUGUGGCUCAAACCCUCACGGUUCCAGUGGUGUAUCAAAUCGAAGCACCAAGUUGUCUGCCAUCAGAGAACGAGCCCGGCGGCCCUGGAGGCGAGCCCGACCCCAACGGACCACCAGUUGACGCAGCUAUGACGUCAUCAGCGGCUUCUUCGGCGCGCCUUCAGGUGGCCUCCGACGACAGCGGGCCUGCAGACUACAGCUCAGGCGAUCCGUCUUCCGACCUUUCGGAGCCCUCAGAAUCUACCUCGACGACGUUUCCGGCGGACAGCUCCAGCGGCUGCACACCUGCGGCGAACCACGGCGAAACGGAGGCCCUACCUGACGUCACGCCUGACCAAGCGCCGGAAGGGCCCCCGACUACAGGCAAGCCGGUCACCCGUGCCAUUCUACUCCACACCUUGGCGGAAGCCCGGAGUCUUCUUCGUUUCAGCCUUGAGCACAACCUGCUGCCUCGCGCCCGCGUCGCCAUGCUGGCACAACUUUACACGGAGGGCUUUGAGCAUCAUCACUACGGCGAACUUCUUCAUCCGGUGGAUGACGAAACCGCCCUACUUCUGCCGCUCGCGACUCGCCGGCGGCGUGGCUUCCAAAUCGUUAAUCUCACGGAGGCCGAGCAGCAAGAUUUCGCGAACUCAUUCCGAGCGACGGACGAAAUGCCGGAGGUCAACACCACGGUGGUUCUCCCGCCGCCUGCUGCCAACGCUGACGUCAGCGAUGCCGAAAGACGGACCCACUGGGAAGCGGUCCGACCCCAGAUCCGUCUGGCGGACAAUCUGGAGCCCACCCAACGCGAGCAAAUACUGGCGCUCCUGGAGAAACACGCGCUCAUCUUUUCCAGGGACCCCACCGACUUGGGCCUUGUCCAAGGCUUCGCCCACCACAUCAACACCGGCGAUUCCAAGCCCGUCAAGAUGCAACCUUACCGACAAAGCUUCGCGGAAAAGGCGGAGAUUGACAAGCAAGUGGGCCCCAUGGAAGCGUGUGGCGUUGUCCGCCCCAGCGCGAGCCCCUUCGCCGCCGCCGUGGUGCUCGCGCGCAAGAAGAACGGCAAAUGGCGUUUCUGCGUCGACUUUCGCGGCCUCAACAAAGUGACGGUGCCCGACAACUACCCCCUGCCCCGAAUCGACGCCAUCUUCGACCAACUGGGCAACUCCCGCUACUUCACCAUGCUGGACGCUCAAUCCGGCUACUGGCAGAUCCCCAUGGCGCCCGAGGACGUCCACAAGACGGCGUUUAUCACGCACCACGGUCUGCGCGGAUUCGUGCGAAUGCCGUUUGGUCUCACCGGCGCGCCCGCGACUUACCAGCGCGUGAUGGACAUCACGCUCAGCGACGAGAUUCACGGACCAGAGCCGGUGGCGACCCAAUACCUGGACGACACGUGCGUGCACACUGAAGCCUGGGAGAAGCAUCUGGAGGCCCUCGACACCAUCCUCACCAAACUGGCGGCCAUCAACCUGAAACUUUGCCCAACCAAAUGA